CCCAAAAAGAAAUUGUCAAAAAUUCUGAUCGGGUAAUUCGAAAAUGGCACCAGAACCUGAGGAUGAGAUCAAGGACGAGAAGAACCCAAGGCCACUCGAUGAAGAUGAUAUUGCCCUCCUUAAGACAUAUGGCUUGGGACCUUAUUCUACAAGCAUAAAGAAAGUUGAGAAGGAAAUCAAGGAGAUGGCGAAGAAGAUUAAUGAUCUAUGUGGUAUCAAGGAAUCUGACACUGGUUUAGCUGCUCCCAGCCAAUGGGAUCUUGUUUCUGAUAAGCAAAUGAUGCAGGAGGAACAACCUCUUCAGGUUGCAAGGUGUACGAAGAUAAUCAAUCCUAACACUGAAGAUGCAAAGUAUGUUAUCAAUGUCAAACAAAUUGCAAAGUUUGUUGUUGGCCUAGGUGAUAAAGUUUCACCUACUGAUAUUGAAGAAGGCAUGAGAGUUGGAGUUGAUCGAAAUAAGUAUCAAAUCCAGAUUCCCUUGCCUCCAAAAAUUGAUCCAAGUGUUACGAUGAUGACAGUGGAGGAAAAGCCAGAUGUAACCUAUAAUGAUGUUGGUGGAUGUAAAGAGCAGAUUGAAAAGAUGCGGGAGGUUGUUGAGCUGCCCAUGCUUCACCCUGAAAAAUUUGUGAAGCUAGGGAUUGAUCCUCCAAAGGGUGUACUGUGCUAUGGUCCUCCCGGUACUGGUAAAACUCUGCUGGCCAGAGCUGUGGCAAAUAGAACUGAUGCAUGCUUUAUUCGAGUUAUUGGAAGUGAGCUUGUCCAAAAAUAUGUUGGCGAGGGAGCUAGGAUGGUUCGCGAACUAUUUCAGAUGGCACGCUCUAAAAAGGCAUGCAUUGUAUUUUUCGAUGAAGUAGAUGCCAUUGGCGGUGCACGGUUUGAUGAUGGAGUGGGUGGAGACAACGAGGUCCAGCGAACCAUGCUUGAAAUUGUAAACCAGCUUGAUGGAUUUGAUGCUCGUGGCAACAUUAAAGUUCUUAUGGCAACUAACAGACCUGAUACUCUUGAUCCGGCGCUCUUACGUCCUGGACGGCUGGAUCGCAAAGUAGAGUUUGGACUGCCUGAUCUAGAGAGUAGGACGCAGAUAUUCAAGAUACACACACGAACAAUGAAUUGCGAGAGGGAUAUUCGGUUUGAACUACUUGCCCGGCUUUGCCCAAAUUCUACUGGAGCUGACAUAAGAAGUGUGUGCACUGAGGCUGGUAUGUAUGCUAUUCGCGCAAGGAGGAAAACUGUCACGGAGAAAGAUUUCUUAGAUGCUGUAAACAAAGUGAUCAAAGGCUACCAGAAAUUUAGUGCAACCCCAAAGUAUAUGGUUUAUAAUUGAUAGCUUUUCUUUGUUGAAUUUCACUUUGCUGUAAUAUGCUGGCAUCAUGGGUACUUUUGCAUGGGGAUCGCCUCUCACCUGCUGUAACUGUGGUGGAGACGUUUCUACUUCUAGUGUGUAUGCCAAUCUGCUGACUUUGGCUGUAUUUUCAUUUAUUUCUGUCAAAGUAUUCCCAGCAAACUUGAGUGUAUUAUGCAGUCUUAAAAUUACAGGUUUCUCAUUGUUGAUGUGAUUGAUUGUCA